AGUCGGGACACAAUUCGACGAAACCCGCUCCUCCCGCGAAGAAACAACGCAGCAGCCCUGAAAUCCCUCCUCCUCCUCCCCCUUCCUUCCUCCCCUCCACAGUGUGCGCUGGAGUUUUCCUCCCUCUACUGAUCCACGCUCACGCGUGCUCCCAGUCCCUCAUCGGAGCGCGUGCAUGGCAUGUCAUGACACGGCGCAGCGCACGAUCGCAGUGGUCGCAUCUAACGCCACCGAGAACCGUCUUUCUGCAGCGGUUUGAGUCGGGUUACGUGAAAUAUGCGAUGCUCGCGCGAGCGUCCGGUCUUCUUUCUGCUGCACUUUGUUUUCACGUGGGCAGCCGGCCACGGAGGAGUCUUCUCCCUCUCUACGGAACAAGGUCGGCUGUCCCAGUCAGAUGUGUCCAUCGUCCACCCGGUGAAAACCACCGCUGAUGGCGAGUUUGUCUCCCAUUCCGUGGCUCACCACUCUGAGGGGGGGCGAACCAGGCGUGACCUGCGACCCCUCGAUUCAGACGCACAGGUCUACUACAAGGUUGACCACGGGGGCCACUCGUUGAUGUUCAACCUGACCGCCAACGUUGGGUUGCUUUCGAACAACUAUGUUCUGGAGAGGAGAAACGGAGCCGCCAGCCGAACCGAGCAUCGCCGGUCCGCAGGGCGCACCUGUCACCUCCUCGGCACGGUGGAGGCCCCCGGUGUGCGAGGAACCGCUGCCAUCAGCACCUGCGAGGGCCUGAGAGGCUUCUUCUCGCUGCCAGAGGGACACUUCUUUAUCGAACCUGUCCAGAGAUCCCCUGAUGAUCCUGCGGGGACUCCCGAGCCCCAUAUUGUCUAUUCAAGAGUUCCAACGGGACGUCAAAGAAACAAACGCAGCGCUGAGCCCCAAGAGACGCACAGCUCCUGCGGAGUUCAAGAUGCUUCAAGUGACGCUGUUCAGGUGGAGAAGGAGAGGGAGGAGUGGGAGAGAGAGCAGCAGAGGGGGGAGGACCGGGCUCACCCCCGCAGGUGGCGCUCAGUCAGCAGAGAGCGCUGGGUGGAGACUAUGGUGGUGGCCGACGCCAAGCUCAUAGAAUACCACGGCAGCGAUAACGUGGAGUCCUACAUCUUCACCAUCAUGAACAUGGUGGCUGGGAUCUUUCAUGAUGCCAGUAUUGGGAACGCCAUCCACGUCAUGCUGGUUCGCCUCAUUCUACUGCAGGGAGAAGAGAAAGGGUUAAAGAUUGUUCACCACGCGGACACCACGUUGACCAGCUUCUGCGCUUGGCAGAAGAACCUAAACCCCCAGAGCGACACGCACCCGGCUCACCACGACGUUGCCGUGUUGGUCACGAGGAAAGACAUCUGUGCUGGGAUGAACCAGCCCUGUGAGACUCUCGGCCUGUCCCAUCUGUCUGGGAUGUGUCAACCGCACCGCAGCUGCAACAUCAACGAGGACACCGGACUGCCGGUGGCCUUCACCAUCGCCCAUGAAAUGGGCCACAGCUUGGGAAUCCAUCACGACGGUCAUGGGAAUGACUGCGAGCCGCAGGGGCGCCAUCCGUUCAUCAUGUCCAGACAGCUGAUGUACGACAGCUCGCCGCUCACCUGGUCCACGUGCUCUAAAGAAUACAUCACACGCUUCCUUGACCGCGGCUGGGGUUUCUGUCUGGAUGAUCGCCCCUCCAAGAGGGACCUCACCACCCCUCUGGCUCGCCUCGGCGUACGCUACACCACGGAGCACCAGUGCCAGCUCCAGUACGGCCCCAACGCCACUUUCUGCCAUGAAGUUGACAACAUGUGCCAGAUUCUUUGGUGUUCAGUGAACGGCACCUGCCGCUCCAAACUGGACUCUCCCAUAGACGGCACCCGCUGCGGACCGGAGAAGUGGUGUAUCUCGGGAGAAUGCGUGAUCGUGGGUAAACUCCCAGAGACGGUGAAUGGGGGCUGGGGCCAGUGGAGCACCUGGUCUCACUGCUCCAGGACCUGUGGAACCGGGGUUCAGUCAGCAGAGCGGGAAUGUAGCAACCCAAAACCAGAGUUCGGAGGCAAAUACUGCACAGGGGAGAGGAAGCGCUACCGGACCUGCAACACCAAACGCUGCCAGAAGAAUACGCCGACUUUCCGAGAGAUGCUGUGCAGCGAGUUUGACACCGUGCCGUACCACAACGAGCUGUACCAGUGGAUUCCUGUGAAUAACCCAUCGAACCCCUGCGAGCUGCACUGUCGGCCAGUCAUGGAGUUAUUUUCGGAGAGGAUGCUGGACGCUGUGACGGACGGGACGCCGUGCUUCAUGAACAACAUGUCCAGAAAUAUCUGCGUCAACGGAGUGUGCAAGGCGGUGGGCUGUGACUACGGCAUCGACUCAAACGCCGUGGAGGACCGCUGCGGCGUCUGCCUGGGAGACGGCAAGAGCUGCGAGACGGUUUAUAAGACGUUUGACGGCGGGGAGAGCUUCGGGUACGUGGACGUGGGUGUGAUACCCGAGGGGGCGCGGGACAUCCUGGUGAAGGAAGUGGAGGAGGCGGGUAACUUCCUGGCGCUGAGAAACGUGACAUCGGAGCAGUACUUCCUCAACGGCAACUUCAUCAUCCAGUGGAAUGGGGAGUACAAGGCCGGGGGCACGACCUUCUACUACGAGCGCAGCGGGAACAUGGAGAACCUCACCGCUCCGGGACCCACCAAACGGCCCGUCAUGCUGCAGUUGUUGUUUCAGGAGAAGAACCCGGGUAUCAAGUACGAGUACACCAUCAAGAAGACCAGGGAGACAGGAAAUGAUCUCAUAGAACCCCUUUACAGGUGGAGACACGGGGCGUGGACAGACUGCAGCACCACCUGCGGCUUAGGUGGGCAACAGCAGCCCGUGCGGUGUUUCGAGGUGGACGUGGGGGUAGUGGACGAGUCUCUGUGUGACCCGGCCCGGCGUCCAGAAGACCGACACAGAAAAUGCAAGAAUAUGGAUUGUCCUGCGAGGUGGUGGGUGGGUGGCUGGCAGCAGUGUACUGUCACCUGUGGACCACAAGGGGUUCGUCAACGGACGGUGCUGUGUGUCCGAACGGUCUCGGCGGAGGAAAGGGUGCUUCACCCGGUCGAGUGCAAGCAUCUCCCUGAACCCAAACCCGUGGUGCCGUGCAAUAGGGAUGUGCCCUGUGGAAAGGACUGGGCUGUCAGUGAUUGGGAGGAGUGCCCCAUCACAUGUGGCGGUGGCGUCCGCUCACGCACGGUCACAUGUGCGUUGGCCCCCGGGAAGACCUGCGACGUCUUAUCCAAGCCUCGGUCCAGAUCGCUGUGCGCCCUGCAGAGCUGCCCCAACUCGAGUCUUCGUAGACGACCAGGGCCGGCUCCCAAAUACCGACGCAUCUACCCACCAAAAAGCCAUCCCACCCCGAAUCCCGGAGCUCCUUGGGCUCCCACCACAAGCAUCGUGGCAACAGAUGCUGCCACAGCUGACUCCCCCAACGCUCCUUUCACAGUCCGGAAAGAAAACCAAGAAACUACAAUUGCUUUCACCACGACCACCAUGUCCCUUUCAACCCCUACAAACCCGCAUAACGUAGACGCGGAUUUUGAGCUCAAUGUUGUUAGGAUUAAUGAGGAUGAGAGAGUUGUUCCGUCUAAAGUCAACUCCGCUGGAAACGACAGAAAAGCGACUGAUGUGGAAAAGGUAGACGAGAGAGAGGAGGGAGAGGAUGGAAGUACGCCGAAUGUGGUGAUGUAUACUCUUGGGUACGAUUAUGUUGUUGAGGAGAGGACAACAGAGGAGCAGGGUAUUAUUGAUCUAGACAUACCAAGACACCAGACACAUACCAAAUAUACCUCCCUCAAAAAGCCGACACCACAAAUAGCCAUCACGCCCAUUUUGCAAACAAAUCCACCUACCAUGCAAACAACCAAAGCACCCACUGCCGCCUACCCCACACCAGACACCAGUACUCAAACAUGGGCAGGGUCCACUCACCGCUAUCCCUCUUCCAAUCCCCAUACAACCCUUCGCAUCAAUCCAAACAGCCUUCAGAAACUAAGGGUUCCCCUCACCACUGCCAUGUACCGCUCUGUUCCGCCAGCAGCUAGCAUCCGCCCAACACAAGCUCCUCCUUCCACAAGAGCGUGGACCUUGUUCCCCAAUGUGGCGUCAUCCCGGUCCACUGUGACGAUCGUUAAACUGAAGAAGCCCGCGGUGACACCCAAUAAAAACAACCCUUCCCCUCGUGCCAAAAAGCCUUCUUCCAAAGGCAGUCACUCGAAAGGUCAAAACCAGCAAGCCGAAAGUGCCAUGAGCAGCUCCAUCAGUGACCAAAGUAACCUGAGGGCCAGAGAGCCAAUCAGCAUGGAUGUAUUCUGGGUCGUAGGAAACUGGAGCGAGUGUUCAACGACAUGUGGCAUUGGAGCGAUAUGGAGGACAGUAGUGUGCAGCUCCCAGAAGGACGAGGACUGUGCGAGCGUCAAGAGACCCGAGCCGGCACGUACGUGUCACUUGCAGCCCUGUGCCAUCUGGCACAGUGGCAGCUGGAGCAAGUGUCCAGAUUCCUGUGUGGUGGUGGCCAGGAGAUAUCGUGAAGUUCAGUGCGUUGAUUCCCAGAGUAAACGGCCCCUCAGACCAUUCCACUGCCAGGCCGUGUCCAGCAAACCUGUCAGCACCUUGACUUGCCCCCACAAGCCCUGUAUGAUCUGGAGUACAUCACCCUGGGGACCAUGCUCUGGCAGCUGUGGGGAAGGUGUCAGGGAGAAGAUGGUUUACUGCCCCGAGCCCCUUCGUUGCGAUGCCACGCAGAGGCCCAACAGCACAGAGGCGUGCAAACUAAAGCCCUGCACUCACUGGACGGCUGAGGACUGGGAGGAGUGCUCUGUGAGUUGUGGUGGGGGUCAGCAGCAUCGUGGAGUCAACUGCGUGAGUGAGCAGGAUUUGGCCGUGAUGCCAAACAGCCUCUGUGAGACGAUUUCCAAACCAGACACACUCAGGAAGUGCAAUAUGCAGGAAUGCAAGACCAACACAGGUCCAGUUUGCAAGAAAAACACCAUCUCGGCUCGCUUCUGUGACAAGCUGAAGCUGCUGGGCCGCUGCUCUCUCAGGUCGGUCCAAAGGCAGUGUUGUGUCACCUGUGGGUCGUAGACGGGCUUCCACACACACAUAUAUUUUUGCUAUGGACACAUCCCCACCACAGGAAAUACGAACUGGGAGCCUCUUUCUGACCACCAUCCACAAACACUAAGAUUAUAUAUAUAUAAACAUGUUUUUUAAGUACUUUGUAAUAUUUUCCCUUGAAGAUGUUGCGAAGUACCAUAAAAAGAUGACAUAUAUCAAACAGAUAUUGCACCGAUGUGCAGUAGACAUUCAGAGUGUUACAGCUGUAAGCGCUUAAUGUUUAUUGAGGUGAGAGAGUUACAUCUAUAUAUAAUAACUGGCAAGUUUAAAGGUGUUUUUAAGUACAAAAUGUUAUAAAAUGAAUGUAAUUUAGCUGGUGCCAAAUACAAUAAAUCAGUAGAAACAUAAUGAACACAAACUGAAAUAAUUACUAAUGAUAAAAUUAUCCUGAAAGCACAAUUCAAGUGACUAAAGAACACGAGGUACAGUGUGCAGCUUCUCUAUAUAGUAAGAAACCUAAAGUACACAUAAGUGAGUGAAAAAACAAAUAAAGUAUGUUGAGACUUCUAUUAAAUUGUUAAUGACAAUCAGUUUUUUUACUCACAGAUUUAGCUUUCUCUGAUUUAUUUGUGUUGUUUUUUAAGCUCAGAGCUGGCAUUGUGUCUUUACAUUGUGUGGGUACAGGUUACUGAUAUAGUUACUUUUGUCAUGAUUGAAAUAUAUGUAAUUCAAAGUGGCAGCAGGAGCUGCAGAGCUUUGUGGUCAAACCUGUGAUGCUCCUCGUCUGGCGGGAGAUUGACCAAUGAGAAAGAGGUGUUGCAGGUCAUCCCUCUCGGGUCCUUUUUUAAAAAGAUGUCUGCUAUGUUUGUAUGAUGUUGUACAGGCGUUGCCAUACUAGUCGUUGUACUCCACCGCUCCACCAAAAAAAUCAACCUUGAAAAAAAAUAGAUUAGUUUGUGAAUGAACUGUUUUGUAAGUGAUACAUGAAAUAAACACAUGUCUUCUAUCUUUAA